UUCAGGUUCUUCACUUCGCUCUUAACUAAUUCACAAUGUGUGGCAUUACCGCCCUCUUAAUGGCUGACCCCAACGCCAUGGCCGUCCCCGACCUGUUCGAAGCUCUUGGAAUCCUCCAGCACCGUGGUCAGGACGCUGCUGGUAUUGUUACUUGUGGUCAACGUGGCCGCUUGUAUCAGUGCAAGGGAAAUGGCAUGGUUCGAGAUGUCUUUGAUGGCAAGCAACUUGCUAAUCUUGUUGGCAGUCUCGGUGUUGGCCACGUCCGUUACCCCACUGCUGGAUCAUCUUCCAUGUCAGAGGCUCAGCCCUUCUACGUCAAUUCCCCCUAUGGUUUGGUUUUCGCUCAUAAUGGAAACUUGAUCAAUGCUGCCGACCUUCGUCAUGAUUUGGAUGCUCGCGCCCAUCGUCAUAUUAAUACUGAAUCCGACUCUGAACUUUUGCUCAAUGUCUUGGCUGACAAUCUCCAACAAACUGGAAAAUUCAGAAUCAACGAAGAAGAUAUCUUCAAAGCUAUUAAGGAUCUUUAUGCUUCCUGCAAGGGUGGAUAUGCUUGCGUUGCCAUGAUUGCUGGUUUUGGUAUCAUUGGUUUCCGUGAUCCUAAUGGUAUUCGUCCCAUCAUCUACGGUCGCCGAAAGUCAGAAACCGCUGAAGGUUUCGAUUACAUGUUCGCCUCCGAAAGUGUUGUCUUGGAUGCUCUAGGUUUCACUGACCACGUUGACGUUGGUCCAGGUGAAGCCGUCAUCAUCACCCGUGAUUCCGUGACCAGGAGAACUUUGGUGCAAGACGUUACCUUCUCCCCUUGUUUGUUCGAAUACGUUUACUUUGCUCGUCAGGACAGUAUUAUUGACGGAAUCUCUGUCUACAAGUCUCGUUUGGCUAUGGGAGAAGCUUUGGCAGAGCAAGUUAAAACCUUCUUCAAUGGCAACAUUAACGACAUUGAUGUUAUCAUUCCCGUCCCUGAUACUGCCCGUGCAGCUGCCAUCCAGACUUCUCAGGCUUUGAAUAUCCCUUAUCGUGAAGGUUUCAACAAGAACCGAUAUGUUGGUCGUACCUUCAUCAUGCCCGGUCAACAAACACGUCGCAAAAACGUGCGAAGAAAGCUGAACGCUAUGGCUUUGGAGUUCCAUGACAAGAAUGUUCUUUUGGUGGAUGACUCUAUUGUUAGAGGUACCACUUCCAAGGAGAUCAUUCAAAUGGCUCGCGACGCCGGUGCCAAGAAAGUCUACUUUGCCUCCUGUGCACCAGCUAUCCGAUACCCCAACGUCUACGGUAUUGAUAUGCCUUCUCGCUUUGAAUUGGUUGCCUACAGCCGAAGCGACGAAGAGAUUGCAGAAGAAAUCGGUGCCGAUGGCGUCAUCUACCUUGGACUUCCCGAGCUUAUCCAUUCUGUCCAGAAGUUCCGCCCAUCCAUCGAGGUGUUUGAUACAUCUGUGUUCGACGGCAGCUACAUUACUGGUGGAGUAGACGAGAACUACAUGCGGCAUUUGGAAGACUUGCGAAAUGACUCUGUCAAGUCUCGCAAUGAUGUCGACUCUUCUGAGACCCUUGGUCUUCAUAACCAUUAUUAUGACUUUGCCAAAUAGACCUGAUGAACUUGGUUAAAACCGCCUUGCGUUGUUCAUCAAACAAAAACAUUCCUAUAGAAUCUCCUUGUCUGCCGUUGUAAACUUUUUAUUCUUUUUGUUCUAACUGACCUUGAGAAAGCAAAUUAAACCCGUUAUAAAUAUUGAAACUGUGUGCUAUAA